GUCUCCUGAUCUAAGGAGAAGAGAGGCAGAGAGAUUUCAUUAAAGAGAGAUCGUAAAUCCCACUUAGAUCCACGAUAUUCAUACUUAGCAAAAUGGUAUUUCCGAUUCCAAAAAGAGAUUUUCGGCAAGUUCUCUUUCUGGCCGUCAUAUUAACUGUCGUGAGUUUGGUAACCGCUGCCUCAUCCAACUGCCAGACAACCUGCGGCAACGUUACCAUCCCGUACCCAUUCGGCACGGCCCCGGGAUGCUACCUGAACCGGUACUUCUACGUUAGCUGCAACGACUCUGCCCCGGGUGGCCCCACGCCUCUACUCUGGAGCACGCCGUCCAUCGAGGUCCUCUCCAUCUCCCUCUCUGGGGAGCUCCGUGUGAAUACGUAUAUCGGCACGGACUGCUACACCCAGUCAGGCGCCCGGCGGCUCCCUGUCAAGGCCUACGCAAUCCUCCCCGCGUUCCCCUUUUCCACCACCAAGAACAAGUUCACCGCUGUUGGCUGUGACACCUUAGCCAUGACAAAUGGAGAUGAUUUCUCAAGCGGAUGCUUGUCCCGCUGCAGCGUGAACAGUAGCAUCACCGAGGGGACGUGCAAUGGGAUCGGCUGCUGUCAGACAGCUGUCCCGAAGAUGCUGUUGAACUACAACGCGAGCGUGUCCAGCUUCCGGAACCACACCCAGGUCUGGAGCUUCAAUCCCUGCAGUUACGCAUUCAUAACAGAAACAGAUUCGUUUAACUUUACGAGGGAGGAUCUUAGCGGUAUGAGGAACUGGACUCGUGUUCCUUCUGUGCUUGAUUGGUCCAUCUGGAAUCAGACUUGCCAAGAGUCUCAGAAGGAUCCGUCUACUUCCGUUUGCAAGGCAAACAGUGAGUGUUUCGAUCAUGAAGAUAUUCGUGGGUACCGUUGCAACUGCUCUGCAGGUUACCGGGGGAAUCCUUAUAUUUCUGAUGGCUGUCAAGAUAUCGAUGAAUGCGCAAAUCCUGAGGAUAACCAGUGUGAAAAGGAUUGCCACAACACGCCAGGCAAUUACACAUGCUCCUGCCCGAACGGUUACCAUGGGGAUGGCAGAAGAGAUGGAGAAGGAUGCAUUGUUGACCAGUCCCAUGUCAUCAAGAUUGUGGUUGGUGUUGGUGUCGGAUUCACAGUUCUACUCUUCAUGAGCGGGUUUCUUUACUUCGGAAUCAGGAGAAGGAAGCUGAUGAGGUUGAAAGAGAAGUAUUUCCAGCAAAAUGGCGGAUUAUUGCUGCAGCAACAGCUCCAUCAACGCGAUGGGCGUACAAGUACCAUGAGAAUUUUCACUGCUGAAGAGUUACUGAAAGCCACUGACAACUAUGCCGAGAAUCGAAUUGUAGGUCGGGGAGGAUAUGGGACGGUCUACAAGGGGAUGUUACCGAACGACAUAGUCAUUGCCAUUAAGAAGUCCAAACUGAUGGACCAGAACCAGAUCGAGCAAUUCAUCAAUGAGGUGAUUGUUCUCUCACAGAUUAAUCACAGGAACGUUGUGAAGCUGUUAGGCUGCUGCCUGGAGACCGAAGUGCCACUACUAGUCUACGAGUUUGUAGGCAACGGGACACUUUUCGAGCACAUUCAUGGUCAAACCAAGGACCCGAAGCUGUCCUGGGAAACCCGUUUAAGAAUCGCCGCGGAGACUGCAGGGGUGCUAUCGUACCUCCACGCAGCGGCUUCUGUCCCAAUAAUCCAUCGGGAUAUUAAAUCCACGAACAUACUCCUUGAUGAAAACUGCAUUGCUAAAGUGUCCGAUUUCGGGGCCUCGAGGUUGGUCCCGCUGGACCAUACACAGCUGUACACGAUGGUCCAGGGCACCCUCGGGUAUUUGGACCCUGAGUACCUCCACACGAACACACUGACAGAGAAGAGCGAUGUCUACAGCUUUGGAGUAGUCCUGGUUGAGCUUCUGACGGGGAAAAAGGCGCUCUCCUUUGACCGGCCUGAGGAAGAGCGGAGCCUAGCGAUGCACUUCCUUCAUGCAUUGAAGGAGGAUCGGUUGUUUCAGAUAGUCGAGGAUUGUAUUUUAAGUGAGAAUAACACAGAGCAGCUGAGGGGAGUCGCAGGACUCGCAAAGAAGUGCCUGAGGGUAAAAGGAGAGGAGAGACCGAGCAUGACUGAGGUGGCAAUGGAGCUAGAGGGAUUGAGGGCAAUGGGGAAUCAUCCGUGGGUGAGCAUCGAGUUGGGCAUGGAAGGGGAGACCGCGAAUCUGCUUGGAAAAGAGAGACCGGAGUCUUUGAUGAGUUAUACUGAGAGCAGGGAUAUGAGCUUAGUGUGUGAUAGUAACAGUAUGAGGAAUCAGCAGAUAUCCCCUGUGAAUAAUGGGAGAUAGAUAUAUAGAUCCUAAGAAGCAAUGGGGAAAUGCUUAUGCGCGGUUGAAAUUCAUUGCUUUCCGUUUUGGUACUCUGUAUAGUUGUGUUCUGGAAGAUUGGAAAUUAGCAAUAUGUCAUUAUUAUACUACAGUGUGACAGUAGAAUCACUUUGUUGAGAAACUGUUCGAUUUGUGUCUGGUGCUUUUGUUUCGACUUCUUCAACGCUACGGCUGUCCUUUAUUGGACCAUCUCAUAUCCUUCUCAGCCAAGAGUUUGGAUUUCCCAGUAAUUGUCUGUGGCCUUCCUUAGCUCUUCGUUUGUAGAUGAUCAUUGUGUUGCUUCUAGUGGACCAUCGAGGUCCCUGGAUUGUUCUUGUGACAACGAACCACCAAUUUUGCUUGAAAUACUUUUCUUUGGCAACAACCGAAGCCUUCACUGAACCUUAAGCUCCGUUUAGGACUCUAAUAGCAGCGUGAGUGUUGCAUUCAUUCAUGGCAAAUCUGUUUGGAGUUGUGAAGAAGGAAAGCGCUGGUUAACUUUUCAAAGUAGUGCUUAGA